AUGGCGCCAAAGAGGUUGGCCAACCUGGCUGGCAAUUCGUAUGUGUCCAGUUCUGCGCUGGCCAAGAUUUUGGAAAGCGUGAAGCAUAAUCCAGAGCUGUUGAACGAAAGCACCUCUCGCUACACUUUGAAGCGGCGCCGUGAGGAAGAAGUUGUGGUGACUGGUAUUUAUGGUGACCUUGUCAAGGAGAUGCGUUGCACUGGAAAGGACGGAAAUCCUGUCACAAUUUGCUACGCUGACCCUGUUGUGACGGUGGACCAUUUGGCGCGCAUUAGCCCUGCGUACAGGGAAACUUUGCGCCGCAAGGCGGCCCGGUGUUCGCCGAUCUGCGCGUACGCGGACGAAGUUCUGCCAGGCAACGUGCUGAGAGCUGUUAGCUCUCGCAAGUGCUGGGCAGUUUACUGGACGUUUCUGCAAUUGGAAGAAGCCCUUGGCAGUGAGCUGUGCUGGAACACCUUUACCGUGGCGACCAGCGAUCAGGUGAAGAGGCUAGAGGACGGGUUGUCCCAGCUGAUGAGGGAGGUGUUUCGGCGGCUCGGAGGAGGAUUCCAGGAUGGAGUGUACAUCGAGGGUGUUGGGAUUCUCAAGGCGGAGCUCCGGUUGAUGAUAUCGGACGAAGGCGCCUUGAAGCAGACCCUGAUGUGCAAGGGGGCCUCUGGAAACAAGUGUUGCACCAUGUGCCGCAACUGCGUUCUUCAUGCAUCUGAGUUGUGGAAGCAUGGAGAUGGCUUGGUCAGCCAUGUCGAGCACGAGUUCGGCAG